AAUAUCUGAAAAUUUAUUAUUUUUUUACACAGAAAAAUGUAGUCACAGCAACUUUCUAAACGUUUCUUUACAAAGAACUAUAGUUAAUAAUGGUUACAGUUAACCAAAAGACCCAGGAGGAUACUUUGAGCCCAUCAACUCGCUCUGGAACUUCUUGUACUGUUGAAAUUUGCAAAAUAUGCCACAGUGAAUCAACAAAAGAUGAUGCAUUUAUUUCUCCAUGCCUUUGUUCAGGUUCAUUACUUUAUGUUCAUCAAAGUUGCAUACAAAAAUGGAUUAAAGUGACUGGUGCUAAAAAUUGCGAACUAUGUCAGUAUCAUUUUAACAUUGACUCCACAACCAGUCCGAUAAGAAAGUGGAAGCGUUUAGAAUUAUCGCAUAGCGAACGUCGCAAAAUAUUAUGUUCAGUUGCUUUUCAUAUUGUGGCUGUCACAUGUAUUGUUUGGUCUUUAUGGGUCCUUAUUGAUCGCACUGCAGAAGAAGUUAAGGGAGGCAAUUUGAAAUGGCCAUUUUGGACUAAACUUGUUGUUGUAGCUAUCGGCUUUAUCGGUGGAGUUGUUUUUAUGUAUGUUCAGUGUAAAGUUUAUGUACAUUUAUUUACGCGACUAAAGGCUUAUAAUCGUGUACUUUUUGUAAAGAAUGUUUCAGAAAUAGAAAAAGAGAGAUUUAAACUUCGAUUAAUUGAAGAAAAAGAUAUUGUUUAAUGGCUUCACUUAGAUCCAACAGUUAAAUUGGAGUUUCAUGUUUAUUUCAAUUAAAGACUUUUUCCUAAAAAGUAUAAAUCAACUUAAAACUUCA